AUGGCCACGGCGGUGGCCUCGAGCGGAUUAGACAAUGAUACCCGCGGUUGGAUCAUGUGUGUUGUGAGCGGAAUUGCUUGCGUUGUUGGCGCCUCCAUAGUAUGUGUUGACGUGAUCGUACGCUUGUUCCCUGGCAAGAAGAACUUUCGCAUUCAAGAUAGCAAUGUCUUCCUAGCUUGCUCCCUCAGCCUGAGUUUCGGUGUUAUGCUCUUUUCCGCAUUGUAUAGUAUGCUGCCCGAAUCCAAGGACUACUUCGAGCAGGCCAAAUGGUCUCAGCAAGCUGCUGGCCUCGUCAUGAUGGCCUGUUUCGUUGGUGGUUUCAUUGGUAUCCAGGGUGUUUCGCGAAUACUUCACCAGUUCAUGCCGACUCACGUCGUCGAAUGCGAUCAUUCCCAUGAUGAGAAUGCGAACGCGAACAAAGAUACGUCAUGCCAACAUGAGCGGCGACAGUCCAGGGCUACCCGUCGCCAAUCUUCUCGUCCUCGAUCGUCCCAAGUACCUGUUGAUAAGUCGCUGUCUGGACUUGCCAACGGACAUACGCACAAUGCCGCCACCGAGUCCACGCCUCUGCUCGAGUCGACGUUGGAUAGCCCGACCAGUCCUCUCAAGCGCCAAGCAUCCGCCCGCGACGACCUGCGACGACCCGCUAGUCCAACCCGCAGCCGCACAACUACAGUACUUUCAGACGCUUUUCCCGAGAGGAGAAAGUCAAUGCGAGAGGUCCACAAACGCGUCAUGUCCUUUGUUCAAGAUACAAAGUGCAAUUGCGACGAGUCGAACUCAUGCUACGGAUUCUCAGAUCCCUGCGGUCAGGAAUGUUUCAAGCAUCUCAGCAGUCGUACCAGCUUACCUAGCAGACCUGGACGACAAGCUCAGAUUCUUCGCACUACCACAGGCUCAUUCUUAGGUCGCGGGCACGAGAACUCACAUGCUCCUCAACACGAUCAUGACCAUGACCAUGACCAUGACCAUGACCAUGAAAGCGAAGAAUCCAUCGAGCCUUUUGUCAGACCAACAUACCGCACCAGCCGAGCCAAGUCACGCGAGCCAUUGGAACCCAUCGUCCCGGAAGAAGACCCCGAACACGACUCCUCAUGCUCGUCUGUGUCGGAUGAUGAGGAUGUUGAGGCCCAGCACCAUCACCACGUUCCAACCAACGCCUUCUUGUCCAUUGGUCUUCAGACUUCUAUCGCUAUUGCUUUGCAUAAGUUCCCCGAAGGUUUCAUCACAUAUGCAACCAACCAUGUGAACCCCUCUCUAGGCUUCAAUGUUUUCAUGGCUCUUUUCGUCCAUAAUAUUACCGAAGGCUUUGCCAUGUGUCUGCCACUGUACAUGGCUUUGGGUUCUCGCUGGCGUGCCAUGGCCUGGUCAGCCUUUCUCGGUGGUCUCUCUCAGCCUAUUGGUGCAGGCAUUGCUGCACUUUGGUUCAAGGUUGCUGAUAGAACAAACAUGCAGCCUAGUGCGGUUGCUUACGCCUGCCUCUUUGCUGUCACAUCUGGCAUCAUGGUUAGUGUAGCGUUGCAGUUGUUCGUGGAGAGUCUGAGCCUCAACCACAGUCGCAACUUGUGUAUCUUCUUUGGUUUCCUCGGCAUGGCUUUGCUCGGAUUCAGCAACGCUCUUGUCGGUUCUCACUAG